GGGUGUGUGGUCAGGUUUAGAGGGCCAGUAUGAGCUCACUGCUGUCCCCCAUACACAGCAGAUGGCCCUCGGUCUGCAUGCUGGGUUAGGGUAGGGCCCACUAGCUGUCCUGGAAAGACCCUCACAUAUAAUCUUCUCAUCUCCACCUUCUUGAGUCAUAAGAGGAAGCUGUCUAUGAUUUACACAUGGUGAUACUUACUGUCUGUGUGAAUUUGGAUCCAGAAUAUUAACGUCAUGACUUCAGUACAAGAUCCGACUGGGUGGAGAUCGUGGAGCCCCGCUCGAGGGAGCGCAUGUACGUCAACCUGUUGACUGGCGAGUGUGGAUGGGAACUGCCGCUCGGCGUCCCUGUCCGACAGUCGGACGGCAACCAGUGGUGGGAGCUUUUCGACAGCAAUAACAAUCGCUUCUACUAUUACAACAGUACAAGCCAGCAAACCGUCUGGCACAGACCUCAGAGCUGUGACGUAGUGCCUUUAGCCCAACUCCAAGCCAUGAAGAGAAGCUCUGAGGUGGAGAUGACGGGUCAAGGGAGGAUCCAGAGGGGUCCACAAGCAGAUGGCAAGCGGACCCCCGUGCCUGGAAUGGUUUCACCCAAGCUGCCCUCCUCUCAAGAGCUGGAGAACGGAAGGGAGACACCAACGUCUACAGGGAAAGGGGACAGCUUAGAGAGGAGCAUCCUGGGAAAUAGAGACCCUACUCAAAGAUGGCAGCCUGCUCCUGGAUCCAAGGCAGCCAUGUUGGUAAAAGUUAACAGCAUUGGUAGAAACCAGUCACUGGGUCCUGCAACUGCCCAACACCUUCUUCGCUUCAGCCCUACACAGUUCACUACACCUAAGCAAGGUUACACAACGCAAUCCGACAGAAGCAGUCUGCUCAACAAAAUGGCGGUCCCUGGAGACUCCAAGCAGGGUUAUCACAUAAAAAAGGCAGAUAAUCCCAACUUCUGUCUGGUUCUGCCCACUUCCGGCUCUUCCUCGUACCCUGGCCACCAACGAUCUUCUGCGGGUACACCUCGCCCCUCCUCCCCUCAGUAUGGAGCCACACCCACAACACCCAUCUACGAUGAACCCCCACUCUUGGACCCACCCAUUUAUGAUGAACCCCCAGUGGAGAUGGAAGUAGAGGGGGCACAUCACUUAAACCGAGGUCCCAAUCACAAUCAUUCACGAGUUGGCCAGCCUCCCAAACUUCUUCAGUUCCCCCAGUCCAAACACACAUCCAGCUCUUCAGCUAGUGAGUAUAGUCCGGCUGGCCGAGAGUGCAUCAAACACAUGGUGAACGUAGAUGUGUCAACGUCUACCUCCAAGCACCAGCACCAAGCCUCAAAUUCCAGUGAGAUUCCUCUAAACCCAUCCAAUCCUCAGAUCCGGCCCCAGUCUCCCAUCACUCCCCAAAUUAAGAAGGAAGCCUCUCUGGAAAAGAAGCAAUCAUGGAGGCUUUUAGAGCCUCGCCAUAGUCGUCAAAGCAGCUUGGCCUCUCAGGAAUACCCAGGCCCGGCUGCUGUCACGUAUCAGGACUCCGGAUACUCUACCGGGCCGUCCCCGAGCCUACGGAGGAAGAACCGACGCCGUGCAGCUAUGGGUGCUGGGUCAGGAAGGCCCGGGUCCGUGGGCAGCAGCGGAGAGUUGAGCGCACUGAAUGAGAAGUUGAUGGCAGAAAUGAGGGCGGUGGUUAACCGUUCCAACACGAUUCAUGGAAGCAAAGCCAGUCUGGACACUGAGGUGGGAUCGGAGGCUUCUGGGAGUACCACACGCUCCCCUCUGAGUUCAUUAAAGAAGGGUGCAAGAGGAGGUGGAGUGUUGGGGUCCAGAGAGGAUGUGGCAGCACUGUUUAGGGGUGGUGUUAUUAAUCAUGGUGAUGUACUGGUUACGGAUUUACUUGCGGGCCGGCAGAAAAGGACGUAUGAGAAAGUGGAUUCGCUGGAGAAGAGUGGGACAUCGCAAACCAGCCUGUCCUCUCCAGAACUACCCAGGUCGCCCUCACAGCCAGCAACACUGGAAUCCAAAACUCAGCAGAAGGCCUCGUCCCAGGACUCCGAGCAUGACAGAGCGGUUCACGAAACCCCUCACAUCAGCCGUAAAAACAACACCAACAGCCCCAUUCCUGGUUACCAAUACCCAUAUACCACCCUAUGCAAGCCUCCGCUAGACGCCAACAUGGAGGACUGGGCGAGCAAGAACCUCAACCAGCACACGCAAGGUCUUUUCCGCCGACGGGUCUCCAUCGCUAACAUGCUAUCCUGGAACCGUAGUUCUAUAAAGAAACCCAUGCUGAUCACCAGCGAUCGAGUCGUCAAGAAAGAAGCCUGUGAGUUGUUUAAGCUGGUCCAGGGCUACAUGGGAGACCGCCCUGCCAGGUUGGACAGAAGACACGCGGCCCUUCAGGUGGUAACCAAGUGCUGGGGAAUGCAGGGCCUGAGGGACGAACUGUACGUCCAACUGGUGCGACAGACCACCGAUAACUCGGGUUUGAGAAGCCUGGAGGCCGGCUGGGAGCUAAUGGCCAUCAGCCUGGCGUUCUUCUCGCCCUCGCCUAAAUUUAGACGAUACCUGGAAGGCUACAUCCAGAGACAUCUUGAGCCCAGUAACGAUAAGAAAAUCCUUCAACAUAUCAUGGAACAGCAAGACAUCAAAAACAAGAAGAAUUCAAAGUCCAGGAAGAAGAGGAAACAAAACAAUGAGGAAGAGGAAGAGAAGGGUCUACCCAUCAGCACUUACGCUAAGUACUGCUACCGUAAACUGCAGAAAGUGGCCAUCACUGGAGGCAAGAAGGGUCUGAGAAAGCCCACUCUGGAAGAGAUCGAUCACGGGCGAAACGCCAUCGUGACCCCGUCUAUGUUCGGCAGUGCUCUGGAGGAGAUCAUGGAAAGGCAGAGCGGACGCUUUCCAGACAGAAAACUGCCCUGGGUGCAGGUGCAGCUCUCUCAGUGCGUACUGGCCCUGGGUGGAGCCCAAACUGAGGGCAUCUUCAGAGUACCGGGGGACAUUGAUGAGGUCAACGCUCUAAAGCUACAGGUCGACCAGUGGAAAAUCCCGGAAAACCUCUCAGAUCCCAACGUCCCAGCAUCUCUGUUAAAGUUGUGGUACAGAGAGCUUGAGGAGCCUGUUAUUCCUCAGAGCUUUUAUACACAGUGUAUCAGUCAUUAUGAAGAUCCGGAUGCCGCCAUCGGUGUAGUUCAGUCCUUACCGGAGCCCAACAGACUUGUGCUCUGCUACUUCAUCAACUUUUUACAGAUCUUUGCCCAGCCAGUGAACGUUAGCAGGACUAAGAUGGACGUGAAUAAUUUGGCGAUGGUGAUGGCGCCGAACUGCCUGCGCUGUCAGUCGGACGAUCCUCGGAUAAUCUUUGAGAACACGAGGAAAGAGAUGUCCUUCCUCCGUAUACUCAUUGUUCAUCUGGACACAAGUUUCAUCAGGGGUUUAAUCUGAGAUAAUUAGACAUCCAUCCAGAAGAUGAUGGGAAUCAAGACAAAUAAAGACUGUGAAUCAUCCUCAACUUAACUCUUGUUGAGAAAAUGACUCUUUUGGAGCUUGUAUGAACUGAAUCGAUUCAUAGGAUUUGAUUUCAUGCUGACCUUUUUCUUUUUGGGUUAUUAAAUAGUGUGGAGAGACAUCCUUUAAACAAUCCUAAUCCUAAUACCAUACAUGCAAUAUGAGUAUCUGAGUAAUUUAAUUUGGUAUGAGUGCUUAUUUAAUAGCAGCUGUUUGUAAGCUCGAGUAUGAGUAGAGAAAAAAUAAACGCUUUGGUUUUGUGUAUAAGGCUGAAGCUCAGGAGCAUAAAAACGCAAAGAGGUAAAGCGAUAUUUCAGUGUUAUCUGUAAAGGAUGCAUAAAGGUCAAUGUUUGGGGUCUGGCACCCUUCAUGCGUCCUAAGGAGUGGGUUUGGAUGAACUCUUUGUUGAUGUAUAACAAUGUGUGUGAUGUGCCCGUGUAAACACACAACCAUCCAUGUUUCCACAUUGUCACAGGCCUCAAAUGAAAGGUUACCACGAGCCAAAGAUUUUCUGGAUUCUGCUUUUUCAAUCUGUUGCUUACAGUAGUUUCCCAGUCAACCCAACGUUUCCCGUUUGUAAAUGCAGGAUUGAUUUUCCAAUGAACCGAUUACAUCAGUGGGGACUAAAUUUAAAAACAAACCUCAAGAGGGCAAUACAUUUACCGUCAAAUGUCUGCGAUGUUAAAAAAAGUAUAAACAUGUCGACAUUUCAAUUCUUUUGUUCUGCUGAACACAAAGAAAAAUAUUUUGAGCAAUGUUUGUAACCAUACAGUUCUGAAGCACCAUACUAUUUCCAACUAUGGAAGUCAUUGGUGCUCCAAAAUUGCUUGAUUAAAAAAAAUAUCUUCCUUUGUGUUCACCGGGACAAAGAAAUGUAUACAGGUUUAGAAUAACUUGAGCGAUCUUUGGAUGAACUAUUCCUUUAAAGGUGCAUUUUAGGAGGAUCUCUUGACAGUAAUGCAAUAAAAUACACAUACCUAUAUUAAUGAACUGUAUUGUUUUUUUUUUUUACCUUAGUAUGAGCCGUUUUUAUCUACAUACGCCGUGGGUCCCCUUACAUGGUUGUCAUCGUCAUGUUUCUACAGUAGCCCUAAACGAGCCGUGGACUGAGCCGGUCGUUGCAAUUUACAAUCUCACCACUAGAUGCCGCUAAAAAUCUACACAGUGGAUCUUUAAUGCUUAUAAUUUGCGGUUACAUGAAAACUGCAGCAAUGAUUAUUCACUCAGAACUACUGAUUUAUCUCUGGUAUACAAUAAUAAACACAUUUCACAAAAAUCACACCUGCCUUUGAAGUGAUUGGGAUUUGGCACAGAUGCUUUUGUAUAUAUAGAUCCUUGAUCUGAUGGAUUUUUGUGUUUAUAUGAAUGAUGAAAAUAAAUGAUCUGUCUGAAUUGGGACACUACACUUAUCUUUGUUUAACUUCCUUUUUGUUGCACUUGUUUUUUGGUUCUUUUUUUUCUUAUGGGUCUUCAUGAUCUUUGCAGGGUCUGAUACUCAUCCAGCACCUUUACUGUAAAUGUCCUUAAAAGAUUGUGUAUGUGUAAGAGACAGCUGUGGAUGGAUGAGAGUUGAUGUGUGUUUAAAUAUGCAUAGUUUCAUGAUGACCUCUGAAAGAAUAAAGUUUGUAA